AAAGUGACGUCACGUACUUUGUCGGUCAUCCUGUUCCGCCAUCGCUCCGUUUGUGGCAGGUCAAGCGAUAGCUAGUAAUCGCUGUUUUUCGGUUGAAGAUGGCCGCAGGUCCUCUCUCUGUAUCCUCCACUGCAUCAACAAACAACGAUGGCAUCCUUAUUGGUGACAAAGUUUACUCUGAAGUGUAUCUUACCAUCGACAACUCGCUCAUACCUGAGGAAAGGCUUUCCCCGACGCCGUCAAUGCUCGAUGGCCUCGACCUAAACACGGAGACCGACCUUCGUAUCCUUGGAUGUGAGCUGAUUCAGUCGGCGGGCAUUCUUCUUCGGUUACCCCAGGUGGCAAUGGCAACAGGACAAGUGUUGUUUCAUCGGUUCUUUUACUCCAAGUCCUUCGUCAAACACAGCUUUGAGAUUGUUGCCAUGGCUUGUAUCAACUUGGCCUCCAAGAUUGAAGAAGCGCCACGACGAAUACGAGACGUCAUCAAUGUGUUCCACCACCUGAGGCAGAUGAGAGGCAAAAAGACACCAAGUUCAUUGAUACUUGAUCAGAACUACAUUAAUACCAAAAACCAAGUCAUCAAAGCGGAGCGGCGGGUACUGAAGGAGCUGGGCUUCUGUGUGCAUGUCAAGCAUCCACACAAGAUCAUCGUCAUGUACCUCCAAGUCCUGGAAUGUGAGAAGAACCAGACGCUGGUCCAGACGGCCUGGAACUACAUGAAUGACUGUCUGAGGACCAAUGUGUUCGUGAGGUUCCAAGCUGAAACUAUCGCAUGUGCCUGCAUAUUCCUGGCUGCCAGAGCUCUGCAGAUACCUCUACCAUCAAGACCUCAGUGGUUCCUGCUGUUCGGAGCAACUGAAGAGGAGAUCAAAGAGAUCUGCAUCACCACCCUUAGAUUGUACACCAGGAAGAAGCCUAACUAUGAUCAUCUGGAGAAGGAGGUCGAGCGGAGGAAGGUGUUCCUGGCAGAGGCCAAGCUGAAAGCUAAAGGCCUGAACCCUGAUGGUACCCCUGCUCUGUCCACUAUGGGUGGCUUCUCUCCUGCUUCCAAACCCUGCUCCCCUGUGGUUAAGGUGGAAGAGAAGUCUCCGAAUGCCCAGGCGCUGAAACUGGUUAAGAAAGAGCCAGACACACGGAACCCGGUUAACAAGAGUCCACAUAAUGGAAUGAGGAAAGAGGUGAAACUCGGGAGGAACAGCAGAAGUGGAAGCCGAUCCCGAUCAAGAACGCGCUCUAGGUCUAGAUCUCGCUCUCCGCGCCGACACUAUAACAGCAGACGCAGUCGCUCAGGGACCUACAGCUCUCGCUCACGUUCGCGCUCCCACAGCCGCAGUCCAUCGCCUAGGCGUCAUCAGCCUUCGCCCCUCCUCCCCCACCUCAAGUCAAAGACCAGCCAUCAUAGCAACAGCGAUUCCAAGUCGAGUGGACGUCACAGUAACAGCGGGGGAGGAGGAGGAUCCGGUCACAAAAGGAAGCGCUCACGUUCUCGGACACGGUCCCGCACCCCGGUGAAAGCAGAUAGGGACCGUGAACGAGAGCGAGAGCGCGAGAGAGACAGAGACCGCAGCUCCUUUGACCUCUCUUCGAAGAAACACAAACACGAGCGGGGAGCCGGUCACAGAGGAGACAGGAGGGAGAGGGAGAGAUCUCGGUCCUAUGACAGGGACAGAGAGAGGGAGCGUAGCCACAAGAGCAAACACCACAGCAGUAGUGGGCACUCAGGACAUAGCCGCCACCGGCGCUGAGAUACACUCAAACACGCAGACAGGCUCUAGGACUGAUGGUCACCAUUGUAUAAUCAGUGCACUCCAAAUACAUCCAACCUUGUGUGUUCUCUUAUCCUGUUAAAUACAGUUCAGCCAACUGGAGUUGUGUCAGCAAACAUCUUUAUGUACUUAGAAUGGUUGAGUAAAUAUUAUAACUCAAACUAGUCUUGUAAGUAAACAAAAUAUCUGUUGCCUGUAACAUGGCAGGUGACAUGGCUGACAUGUCUUUGGGUUGACAACAAGAACAAUGAGUAUAUUGGGCACGCAACGCAGCUUAUCUUUAGCCCGAUACAGCUAGCACGCAGAGUUUGAUGUGAUUUGGAGUACGAUUUGCCAUCAUUGCUGGGUUUCUUACAUGCAUCCUGAAACUGACCAAUUUUACUAUGAUUUACAGGAAUCUUGAGUUUCUUUUGUUGCCUAAGGCCAAAUAAGAAAACAAUUAUUUUUUCAUAAAGAACUUUUUGUCCCAAUUGACAACUUUGUAGUAAAGCCCUGACAUUGAAACACUGUUGCCUGAAUCAUCGUCCUGCAUGCACAUACGUCUAAGUGAUUAUUUCUUUGACUCAUCUACACAAUGACACACUCAAAGCUGAUAUUUAGCCUGCAGUGGUUGUUAUUGUGCUAUUGUAGAUCGAAUGUGUGCAUAUGAGGAACCCAGGUAAUCCAGUUUGAAGUUGACUGUAGCAUUAGCUGCCUUUUGAGAGAAGGCACUAAUGCAUUAUGACAUUAGUCUAAAGCCUGUUAUCAUCAUCAUCUCAAUAUUAGGUUUUUUUCUUUCUUUUCCCAUGAUUCCCACUUUCACUCCACACUGCUACCAUCUUUCUAGCCUACCUUUGUGUCCUUGGUUUUACAUGUAAAGUUGUGGACUUGGGGGGAAAAAGGAACUUAUUUACAGUGUAAAGAUGGAUUGACGUCUGCUGACAAGUGAAUGCUUUGAUUUAUAAAAGCAAACUGCGCAGUAGAAGGAUUGAAUGACUAAAUGUAAAGUAAAAACGAUCAUUCAGGGGAGAUCAAUAUGUUUGCACAUUAAGGGACUGACAGGCGAGUGUUUUUUUGUUUUCCUUUCAUGUUUGGACAUAUAUGUUGCUUAAAGCUGUAUUUUGUACAGUUAAAAAAGAAGCUGAUUAAAGAUGUAUGUUUUUUUUUUUUUUUACAGCAGGGGAUGCAGACUUGAUCUCAAACAUUGUAGGAUCUUCAAUUUGUUACACUGGUUUUAGUCUGCACGUGUUCAUGUCCAAUUUUUAUUCAACAAUAAAUGAGUUACGCCACUGAA